AUGGACACAGACCGCGCCGCAGAAAAUGGUUCAGAACCACAGGCAUCCCCCGAGGCUCCUAGCGCAGACAACGAAUACACCCGCCCAGCGACAGGCAAAUUCCGCUUCAAAUCCUCAAAAUCCAAAUCCAAAUCUCACCGAGACGAACCAUACGAUACCCACCACCGUCAUCACCACCGCCCCCAUCACCGCCAUUCCCACCGCCAUUCCCACCACCGCUCCUCCAAACGACACAAAUCCAAGCGCUCGCCCUCCCCCAACCCCCACGAUCAAGAUAACUCAUCCCGCCUCUCCCCCGACACCGCCUUCCGCGAGUCCCUCUUCGACGCCCUCGGCGACGAUGAAGGCGCCGCAUACUGGGAAACUAUAUACGGCCAGCCCAUCCACAAAUACCCCAUCCCGUCCGUCCCCAAGGGUCCCGACGGCGAGCUAGAGCAGAUGUCCGAGGAGGAGUACGCGGCGUACGUGCGGAGUCGGAUGUGGGCGCGGACGCGGGAGGGGAUGCUCGAGGAGCAAGAGCGCCUGCGCGCCGAACGGGCGCGGCAGAAGCGGCGGGAGGAGGAGAGCGCAGAGAGCCAGCGCGAGAGGAUGCGGUUCGAGCGCGCGAUGGAGGAGAGUCUCCAGCGGGGCCGGGAGCGACGGCGUCUCAAGGUGUGGAAGACGGUCUGGGAUGAGUAUCGGCGUGCCUGGGAGGAGGUUAAUCAAGAAGUCAAUGUGGGGGAGGGCCAGCGCAGGGCGUUCCGGAAUCUGGUCUUUUGGCCGGUGGAGUCGGGGAAACGGAGGGAUGUGUCGCGCGAAGCGGUGGAGGAGUUUAUGCGCCAUGCGCCGGUGGAGGUUUCUGGGAUGGGAGACGGUGAUGGGGCGGAUAGCACGGCUGGCUUGCUUUCGGUGCUCAAGUCUGAGCGGAUACGCUGGCAUCCGGAUAAGAUCCAGCAUCGGUAUGGUGCGCUGGGGGUCGAUGAAAGCGUGUUGGCGAGUGUGACUGAGGUCUUCCAGAUCAUCGAUCAUAUGUGGAAUGAGACGAGGGCGAAGCAGUCGUAG